CCCACACGCUUCCUCAGACCCUCCACCAGGACUCUUCUUUCCGUAACCAGAACAAGAGCACUUAACACCACUGCGCGAACCACUCUAGCGACCGCGAUUAGUUCAUCCAAACCUUCCAGAACCAGUUUUCCAUCCUCUCUCCACCAACAAUCUUACACAAUGUCGACCGGAACCAAGUCGGCCUCCGCUGCCAGCCACGCCGAGCUGAACCGCAACUCGCUCUUCAACCUCGCGGGCCGCGUCGCCCUCGUAACCGGCGGCGGCACUGGCAUCGGGCUUAUGGCCACACAAGCUCUCGCCGUCAACGGCGCCAAGGUGUAUAUCGCCGGCCGCAACAAGGAGAAGCUGGACAAGGUGGUGGAGAUCUACAACAAGGACGUCGAGGGCGAGAUCAUCGCCCUGCAGGCAGACGUGACUAAGAAGGAGGACAUUGCCGCUCUGGUCAAGGAGAUCGAAUCCCGCGAGAAGUGUCUUUGCAUCUUGGUCAACAACGCCGGCAUUUCCAGCUCGAGCGUAACCACCGAGGCCAGCGACCCCAAGGAGCUCAAGCACAACUUGUUUGAUAACGAGAACGCUACUUUUGACGACUGGACGGAGACAUACCGUACCAAUGUGGCUAGCAUUUACUUCAUGACCUCCGCAUUUUUGCCCCUCCUACAAGCUAGCACCCAGCGCCACCCAGGCUGGUCCGGCACUGUGGUCAACAUCAGCAGCAUCAGCGGCCAGGUCAAGUCAGCCCAGCACCACUUCAACUACAACGCCAGCAAGGCGGCGGCCGUUCACCUGAACCGCAUGCUAGCCGCCGAGAUCGCCAACGCUGGGCUCAAGAUUCGCAUCAACAGCAUUGCGCCUGGUGUCUUCCCUAGCGAGAUGACGGCCGAGGAGAGCGACGAGUUCCAGAAGAGCCAUAUCCCCAAGGAGAAGUAUGAGGACAAGUUCCCGAGUGCUCGUCCUGGCCGCGAUAUCGAUAUGGCGCAGGCGGUACUGGCGUUGGUGUCGAACCAGUUCAUCAAUGGCGAGACGUUGGCCGUUGAUGGUGGGUACAAGUUGGCUGCUGGACUCUAAAAGGGGGUUUGAUAAUGUUAAUGUUAAUGGAGGAAGGGAUGUUAUUUAAUGACAUGAUUGCAUGUAUGAUAGCGUGUUAUCCUGUUCCUGUGCGGUAGCGUGCCCCAGGGACAGAACAUCCGGCUAGGGGCUGGACGGAGAUCUAUUUACCUAGCAUUGCGAUGCAAGGUGUAAUGAAGUACGACAUUUACCUUUUGACAUCAAUUACCAUGCCA